CAUCCUCAUUGGUCGAUGGAAUAAACAGCGGAAGCAGUGUCAUUCUGCUGCUCCUCGACUUCCUACCACGGACACGGACACACAUUCACCCGGCACUAGCUCGGCUUAUUAUCCUGUUGCUGGUUUAUGAUCGGCGGUUUGUUCGCUAAAGUAUUCCAGAGGGUGCCGAGCUUGUUGUACCGGGUGUCGCUGAUGAUGAAGCCGCAGGUUGUGUUCGUUCUGGGGGGGCCUGGAGCUGGCAAAGGGACCCAGUGCUCCAAAAUCGUGGAGAGCUUCAACUACACCCACUUGUCUGCGGGGGACUUGCUGCGGGCGGAGCGGGCUCGAGAGGGGUCGGAGUCUGGACAGCUCAUUUCCAACUACAUUAAGGAGGGCAAAAUUGUCCCUGUGGAGAUCACCAUCAACUUACUCAAGAAGGCAAUGGAAGAGACCAUGCAGGAAGACGAGAAAAAGUUCCGCUUCCUCAUAGACGGUUUCCCCCGCAACGGGGACAACCUUCAGGGCUGGAAAAAGGUCAUGGAAGGCAAAGCAGAUGUCAAAUUUGUUCUUUUCUUUGACUGCGGCAAUGAGGUUUGCAUCGACAGGUGUUUAGAAAGAGGGAAGAGCAGUGGACGCAGUGAUGACAACAGAGAAAGCUUGGAGAAAAGAAUCCAGACCUACCUGCAGUCUACACGACCAAUCAUUGAUCUGUAUGAGGAAAGCGGCAAGGUGCGCACUAUAGACGCCUCUCGCUGUGUGGAUGAGGUGUUUGCUGAUGUGAAAGCCGUCCUAGACAAAGAGGGUUGAGUCUCCCCAGCUGCCAACAACAUUCAUUUACUUCUUAAGAUUUCUUUGUAUCAAGUACACUAUAAUAAGUUAUGUCAAUUCAUAUUACUUUUGACCUUUGGUUACAUUUUUUUCCUUUGUUUUACAUCUCUUUUGUAAAGUGCUGCAGUGUUGUUUUGUGAAUGUGUGUACAAUAUGUAUCGGUAUGAAUGACAUUUGAGUUGCUAAGCAGCUCCUAGCGAUCAGAAGAGGUCACAGCUCGUAGUCUGAGGCCUUCGCAUAGGAACAAAAUGUAUGGUUAGCUUAGCUGGACACUUUCCGGUCAAUCAAACACACUUCUAGUAGUCUGGUAUUAUAUCACCUAUGUCGUCAGAGGAUCAUGUCAUCUGAGGCAGCCAUAAUGCUUCAGACCAAAUAGUUUGGUCUCAUACAGGGAUUUGUGUAAGAACAUCACAUAGCUUCCAUAUCAAAUGCAUAAAACAUUGUUUUUAAUGGACAGGGCUACAGGAGCAGUUGCCUUUGUGCCAGAAGAGACCUGCUACAUGGUUUUUGGUAGAUGGCUCACUCUUCAUGAAUAUUAGACCUCUAACAGAAGGCCCUGAUGAGCUUCAUCCCAUGAGAUCAUUAAUAAAAUAUGAAGAUAAAAAAAAACUGAAAAGUAAAAACAA